AUGGCCCUCGGAGGCACGAUCGGAACUGGACUUUUCGUGGGUUCCGGUCAAGCCCUGGCCAUUGGAGGCCCCGCGUCGCUUCUUCUGGGUUAUAUCUUCAUCUCGGCCAUGGUUUAUGGCUUGGUCACAGCCAUCGCUGAGGUUGGGGCCUAUCUUCCAGUACAUGGUGGAACGAUGAGCUAUCAUGGAUUCCGAUACGUGUCGCGGAGUAUGGGUUUCGCCAUGGGAUAUCUAUACUGGUACUCUCUCGGAAUUUUAGUGCCAUACGAGAUCACAGCUGCUGGACUGGUUAUUGGAUACUGGGACCAGAGUGGGUCGAUCAAUAUCGCUGUGUGGAUCACAAUCAUGAUGAUCGUCAUUAUUGCGCUCAACUUUAUGCCCGUGCGGGUAUACGGCGAGUCGGAGUUCUGGUUCGCCGGGGUGAAGAUCAUCACUCUAAUCGGCUUGUUGAUGGUAUCUUUCAUCCUCUUCUGGGGUGGUGGACCUAACCGUCAGCGACUGGGCUUUCAUUAUUGGAAGAAUCCGCGCCCAUUCAACGCGUAUCUCACGACUGGAGAUGCGGGCCGCUUUGUGGCCUUGCUGAAAUGCACAGUAUCCAGCGCCAUUGCGUUCAUCUUCGCCCCAGAGCUGAUUGUGAUCAGUGGUGGUGAGAUGGAGUCCCCUCGACGGAAUAUACCCCGGGCGGCCCGGAGAUACAUUUAUCGUUUGGUCUUCUUUUACAUCUUUGGUGUGCUGGCCAUCGGUGUUAUUUGCCCAUCCGAUGCCAGUCGUCUGACCAAGGGUGAUGGCACGGUAAACUCAUCUCCAUUUGUGAUCGGCAUCCAAAACGCCGGCAUCCCCGUCUUGGACCACAUUGUGAACGCUGCCGUGUUGACAUCUGCCUGGUCUGCAGGGAAUUCCUUCCUGUACAUGUCUUCGCGGUCGCUCUAUUCCUUGGCUAUGUCAGGCAACGCGCCACAUGUGUUCAAAACGUGUAACCGAUGGGGUGUCCCAUACUGGGCUGUGUCGGCUUCGGCAUGCUUCUCGGCAUUGGCCUAUCUUGCUGUUGGCAGCUCCAGUUCAGUUGUGUUCAACUGGUUUGUCAAUUUCACAAACACUUCUGGCUUUAUUUCAUGGAUCUGUUGUUCCGUGGUGUUUUUCCGUUUCCGCAAAGCUGUCAAAGCACAGGGCAUUGAACAGCCAUACCGAUCAAAGAUACAGCCAUAUGGGGUUUACUUUGGCCUUGCAGGUGCCACGCUAAUGACGCUCAUCAAUGGAUUCACAGUAUUCUUCCCAUCGGAAUGGUCUGUGAGCAACUUUUUCACCGCAUACAUCGGUAUUCCCGCUUUCUUGAUUCUUUACUUCGGACACCGGGUACUGUAUUGGAGUGAUCCAUGGGCAUGGCGCCCGGAGGAGGUUGAUAUGCAUACGGGUCUGGAUGAGAUCAUUGCUGCUGAGCAACCACCAAAACCACGAGGGGCAUGGUGGAAGUUCUGGUAA